AUGGCGCAGAGUGCUGCCUCCACCGAGACCGACACCUCGUUCACUGCCGCUCUAACGACCACCAUCACCGCCACCACCGCCUCCCCAGCCCCAGCUUUAAGUGCAGAAGGACAAGGACGAACCGACUUUCUUCCCCUCUUUGCCACUUCCUACGACACCGAAGCGGGCCCUCCGACCUCGCUGCCCCUGACUGCCCCCUCGCACGCUUCUCUUCUCGACUUUGGCACCGCCUCGACCACCGACUCAGACCUCACUGACCAGACUUCUGACCUCGGCUUGUCCGACGCAGGGUCGAGUCUCUCCUGCUCCAUCGCCAAAGAGGCCGUUGACGACGAAGCGGCCUCCCUCCUUUCCUCGGCUGACUCCGUCGCCGCAACUGCUGCCGCUACCGAGAAUCCCCACACUGCCCCAGAGCCGUCAGACUCGCUCGACGAGGCAGCCUCACAGGACCACUCCGAUACCGACUCGGCCUUCGACGACGGCGAAGAGACUGUCACCAUGAACAAGGGCGACGAGGUCGACGCCGCGUCCACCGUGGCCGGCCCAACCGAAGACGGCAACAUGUCGAUGCACAGCGCCAAUGAGGACGCCAAGUCGGCCAGCGCCGUCUCGAUGAGCCCCGGCGCCGACGCCGAUGACGACGAUGACGAUGACGACGACGAGGAGUCGGCGGCCGACUUCACCGAGUUCUUUGUCGGCAACUCUUCAAUCGCCGACCCGCUCAAGUACAUUGCCAUGUCGUUUGAGGACAAGUGCCGCGAGCUCAAGACCAUCACCAAGAGCCACGACAAGCACGUCGGGCUGGUCGCCUCGUUGACCGAGGAAAAGGAGCAGCUACAAGAGGCCCUGUCCGAGAGCCUCUCGACGCGAGCCAACCUCGAGGAGCAGGUGCAGCAGCUCACGUCGGAGCUGGCGGCGCUGCGCGAGGAGCUGGGCCACAAGGACCAGCUGCUGGCCACAUCGGACAAGAUCAGCACCAGCCUGUUUGGCGUCCUCAUGGCCGCCAAGUCGACGCUCGACUCGGCAGGCAGCCUGGCGCCGGCGAUGCGCUCCAUGUCGUCCGCCUACGCGCCCUCUGCGGCGGCCACCGACGACGACGACGACGACGACAGCGACGUCGACGACGAAGGAGCCUCGGACGAAGACGACGACGACGACGAUGCCCAGACCGCCGACACGGACCACGAGGGCGCAGACGGCGUCGCCAAGAGCGAUUCCGGCAAGGCCGCAGGCGCCGUUGACGACGCAAAGAGGGCUGCGGCGGCCGGACCCGGGAGUCCUCGCCACGCCGUCGUCUGA